AACGCGAGAGACUUUUUAAGACACGUUUAUCGUACAUUUAUACGAUUUCAUGAAUGAAAAAUACUGUUUUAUAAAUUAAAAAAGUUCUAUUAUCACAACCUUUAGUCUGUUACAUUAAGAAAAAAAAAGAAAAUAAGGCGGGAGUCAUUUGCCAAAAAAGUUCCAAAUACAAAUUAAAAAAUAAAAAGUUUAAUUUUCGCAUCCAGCCAGUGACCAAAGGUGUCUUAUAGUGCAAGCGUCUAGAGCUGUAAUUAAGGUGGCAUAAUGCGUGAGAGCCUUCGCCGUCUGGCCUCAGAGGACGGCGAUCGACCAAUGGGGAACGAGCGGCGCGCGCGCAUUGAACUACUGAAUGGAGAAUAUAUUAAUGUUGAUGUUGACCGCAAGGCGAAAGGAGGCGAUCUUCUAGAUCGAAUAUGCGACGAGCUCCAGCUAACAGAGAGGGACUACUUCGGUCUCCUUCACGCACAACGGGGAGACCCCCGGACGUGGGUGGAUCUAGGGAAACGAUUGUCUAAGACUUUCAAAAAUGAGCCCUGGGACAUGCGGUUCGCCGUGAAGUUCUACCCUCCAGAGCCUUCUGAACUGAACGACGAUGAAACGCGGAACCAACUCGCCUUGGCUGUCAGGAGAGAUCUUAUGGAAGGUCGUCUCUCCUGCUCAAUGAUAACCCACGCUCUCUUGGCGUCCUACGUGCUGCAAGCUGAACUCGGAGACUAUGAGCCGGGACAUGUAGCCCCUCCAGUUAUCGCGGCUCACAGCGCGGCGCCACCUAGCGUCAGGACUGAGGAGUUAGAUGACCAUAUCAAGGAGCUUUAUAUGAAACACAAAGGACAGACUCCAGCAGAAGCGGAACUUUGCUACCUAGAGAACGCCAAGAAGCUGCCCCUGUACGGCGCAGAACUGCACUGCGUCAGGGAUUCUGAAGAUGUGGACCUGGUAUUAGCAGUGUCAGCUGGAGGCAUCGCAGUGUACAGAGAAGGGGUCCUGAUGAACCGCUUCCCCUGGGCCAAGAUCAGCAAGAUCAGCUACAAUAAGCGCGUAUACACACUCCGUCUACGCGCUAGCGAGUUUGACCAGUUUGAGACACAUCUCGGCUUUAAGCUGGUGUCUACACGCGCUGGGAAGAAACUGUGGAGGUGUUCAGUGGAGCACCAUAUGUUCUUCAGGAGAGCGACACCAGUUCCCGUGGACCGCAUCGCCGGGUUCCCGCGCUUCGGCUCCCGGCGCCUGUCGUGCCGCCGCACGCUGCGCCAGAUCCGGGAUCUACCGAGAGAGAUCACUGCCUGAUGAACUGCCGAGAAUAACCCCUGAGAUUAUUGCGUGACCUUACUGUCAGUUACCGCCUUAUCUGCCACAGUUGUUUGAAAUGAAAUGAAAUGAAAUAUGCGUAUGACGUUCAUAUGCGCAUAUCACAAUGCGCAUAUGAACGUCAAAUAAAGCUACGCCGGCUCUAACCCUACGCCUCAGCCUCGAGAAGAUUGCAGUCCCCCCUCAGUUGGAGGGGGGUAUCCACUAUGGGACCGACAAGAAACUCGGCGGGCCUCUUCUUUUCGUCGUAUAAUUAACGUCAUGCAUUUAGAAAAACAAGAUACAAUUUAAAAAGCAAAAUACUCAUCAAAAAAAAAUAUUAACAGAUUACCUACUUAAACUACCUAUAUGAAAAACGCGCGAUCAAAAACAUCCAAGAAUGCAAAAUAUGCAUUACUAGCUUUUGCCCGCGGCAUCGCUCGCGUUAGUAAGAGACAAAAUGUAGCUACAUAGGCUCUGGCCAUCCCUUCAACUAUCUCCACCAAAAAAUCACGUCAAUCCGUCACUCCGU